GGAUGACGAGAUGGUCCUCGCAUUGACACCCCAGGGGGCAAGCCCACUAGGCCAUAAGGCAGCAAGGCGAUAAGGCAUAAAUAACAUGGUGCCUGACUGCCUGACUGCCUCGGAUAUCUUAAUUCGAUGGCAUCUUUUCACUUCAUCCACAUUUACCCCCCGCCUCCAUCACGAAAUGAAUAUUUUCUGUCCCGUUCUAUCCUAACUGGUCCCUUCCUCAUCGCAUCCGCGCACCGCAUUGGGAAUAGUACCCUCACCCGGUUUGUCCAUCCACCUGAUAUCGCAAACCACAGGAGGGCCCUUAUAAAAUCAUUGCGCAGUCGCAAACAUGGCGACGGUACCAUUUCUUGACUUUGCAAGUGAACCCUCCACUUGGUAUCAUCCACCAUGACCGCAUCACCCAACCCAUUACCUCGCGACCCCGUUCCCGGUUAUGUCGUGACCUAUCGCGGCAACGUCGUGGAAAACAGACACCAAGUCCAUGCCGCCGUCACCGAUGCCGCGGGCCGCAUCAUCUAUGCUGUGGGAAAUCCCACGCGUGUCACUUUGGCCCGCUCGGCUGCGAAACCUGCCCAAGCCCUGGCAGUUCUGGAAACCGGCGCCCCAGAAAAGUUUGACUUCGACGAAGCCGAUCUGGCGCUGAUGUGCGCCUCCCACAGCAGUGAAGAUCGCCAUCUUGCCCGUGCCCGCGCCAUGCUGGCCAAAGUUGACCUGCAGGAAGAGAACUUGCGUUGUGGAGGUCAUGCGGCCCUGUCGGAGUCCGUCAAUCGAGCAUGGAUCAAGCGGGACUGGACGCCGACGGCCAUCGCAAACAACUGCUCAGGAAAACACGCCGGCAUGCUUGCCGGUGCAAAAGCUCUGGGAGCGCCUCCUGCAGAGUACCACUGCAUCAAUCAUCCUCUCCAGCAGCAAGUCAUGCACGCCGUCGAGGAGUUGGCGGGCUUGCCCUCGGAUCAUGUCCAAUGGGCCAUUGAUGGCUGUAACCUGCCGGCCCCCGCGCUACCCCUGCAGCAUCUAGCCGGCAUCUACGCCCGUAUCGCCAAUGCAGCCGACGUAGCCUCUACGGAUCACCCGUCUCCACGGACACAGGCGCUAGCUCGCAUCUUUCGAGCGAUGGCAGGCCAUCCAGAACUGGUGGGGGGAGAUGGUCGGUUCUGCACCGCGCUGAUGCGGGCAUUUGAGGGGGGGUUAAUUGGCAAGGUGGGAGCGGACGGCUGUUAUGCUAUUGGAGUGCGUGCUUCAGGCUACACCCAGCAACUGGGGAUUAGCGGGGCUCUGGGAAUUGCGGUCAAGAUUGAGGAUGGCAACCGGGGAGUACUUUAUGCCGCUGUGGUCGAGAUCUUGCGCCAACUCCAGAUCGGCACUCCCGCGCAGCUGCAGUCGCUGGAGGCAUUUCAUCAACCCGAGAUCCGAAACACUGCCGGCGUGGUGACGGGGCACACCUCGCACCAGUUUCAGAUCAGCUCGGUAUAGGUAGUAGGAGGGAAGUUACAUAUCAUGGAAUCAUCUUUUAGUACAGACGAUGAGGGUCUUAUCUGUGGAGGAAGGCCACCCACACAGCCUCAACGAGUGGAACAGGAUACCUA